GCACGCUAGCAGUGUCAAACAUAGCUAGCUAUGUUUAUAUAUAAUACUCUUGUAUCAUCUUGAAAUUCACGCCUUUUGACAAUAAUUUUCAAUCAUUUUCAGAAUGAAAAUAAAGGACAAGAAUCGUCUAACCCAAAGAGAAAAACUAGAGAAAAGUGAACGUAAACGUAAUCUCCGGCAAAAUCGUCUGUUAAAUCGCGUAAAACAGGAAUUUGAAUCACUUGCAAAGGAGAAAGCAUGUAGCACGAAGGUGGAAGUAACCCCCGUUAGUGAAGCCGGACAUGUUUCCACGAUCAGCAUAGCCAUACCUGGUUCGAUAAUGGACAACGCGCAAUCACCUGAACUGCGAACAUAUCUCGCCGGCCAGAUAGGGCGAGCCGCUUGUAUAUUUCAGAUCGACGAGGUGAUCGUUUUCGAUGACUGUGGUUUAAACAACCAGCUAACGGAUCAAUUAAAGACGAUGCAAACAACUGAAGGGUCGACCGCGGCUCGACGCUGUUGCAUACAGCUCGCACGUAUCCUGCAAUACCUAGAGUGUCCACAAUAUCUCCGAAAGUACUUCUUUCCACUGCACAAUGACCUCAAAUUCAGUGGGCUGCUGAAUCCACUAGAUUCCCAGCAUCAUCUACGACAGCAAAGCGAGUUCAUAUUCCGAGAGGGUAUUGUCACGAAUAAACCUGUUAAGGGCAAUAAGCCCGGUGCCUUCGUGAAUGUUGGACUCCUAUACGACGUGCUGGUAGAUACGACACUCGAGUCAAACCUACGUGUAACGGUUAAAAUGCCUACAGGUACGGAUUUAAAAUCGAAGAAAAUACGAGCAAAGGUAGUUCCACCUUCACUGCCCCGUCAUGAAACGGGUAUAUACUGGGGUUACACAGUACGAAUUGCUAACUCUCUGUCGCAAGUAUUCACGAAAAGUCCAUACCGUGGUGGGUACGAUAUGACCAUCGGUACUUCAGACAGAGGCAGGAACGUACACGAUUUAGAACCAAACAGUCUUUCCUAUCAACAUGCACUUAUCGUCUUUGGGGGUGUACUAGGUCUGGAACCGGCGCUCGAGAAUGAUCAAAAGCUAACGGUUGACGCAGUUCAAGAUCUGUUUGACGAAUAUGUCAACACUGUUCCCGCACAAGGUUCCCGUACUAUACGUACGGAGGAGGCCAUUCUGAUUUCCAUGGCGACACUAGGCAGCAAGCUUAAGCCCAUUAAUGCUCCCAAAACAUUUACCAGUUUUGACACUAUCCCACGGAGUCUGGAUACUGGUAUAAAACAGUACGCAUUUAAUGAAAAGCGCUUCAAAACGGAUGGUACGGAUGCACUGAAGAACGAGAAGCCUGUUAUCAUGCCUAGACCAACAUUGGCUACAACACCGUCCGUCGACAAGUACGGUGAUAUGUCACGUUUUGAUUAAGGUUCUUUGGAAGAGCUUGAAUAUGAACAAUAAAGAUUUAUUUUCGUAGCAUUACUGCCCCGACUGCA